GCCGGCCGGCUCCUCCCCGCGCCGCGGUCCGUCGGGGCGCCACGAGGCCGCUUCCCACAGCCGCUCCGGCCUCGGCUCAGCCCAGCGCUCCGGCCGGUCCCGCCAUGCGGCUCUGGGUGCUCCUCAGCCUGCUGCUGCUGCAGGAAACGCUGCCGCACGUUAUGGGACAGCCUGCGAAGAGUAAGCAUCCCAAAGAACCUGGGGAAAACAAAAUUAAGCCUGUUAACAAAAGAGUAAAACCCAAGGCUUCUAAAAUGAAGGAGAGAGAAUCUGUUGACUCCUCUUUGAAGUCCCAGUCCAUACUGACACAGGUGAUGGAUAAAGGUCACUACCAAAAACUAGCUCCCACUUUAAGCCUGUCUGCAGGACAAAGCAUAGAACUGCGAUGCAAGGGGAGUAAUGUUACUUGGAACUAUCCUUCAUACUUAGACACCUUUAAAGACUCCAGACUCAGUAUAAAGCAGCUUGACAGGUAUGGUCAGCUGAUCCUCGCAAACUCCACUGCAGCAGAUACAGGUGAAUACAGCUGCUGGCUUCAGCUGUGCAAUGGUAACAAAUGCAGGAAGGAUGAGACUAAAACAGGCUCAACGUACAUCUUUUUCACAGAUAAAGAGGAACUUUUUGUACCUACUCCCAGUUAUUUUGAGAUUGUAUACCUGAACCCAGAUAAACCUGCAGUCAUCCCAUGUCGCGUUACUACUCCUUCAGCAAAAGUAACUCUGCACAGGGAAUUUCCAGCAGAAGAAAUUGAAACAGAUGGAACUGAUAUUGUUUAUGAUGUGAAGAAGGGUUUUGUCUACCAGCACCCUACUUCUGAUCAUAAGGGUAUUGUCUACUGCAAAGCAGAGUCACAGGGAGCACCUCAGAUUUCCAUCAAGUAUCACCUACUGUAUGUGGAAGUUCCCAAGGGCCCGCCCUCAACCACAAUUUCAGCAUCAUCCAGCAGAGCAGAUGUCAGUGACAGCAUUCACGUAAUCUGCACAGUCCUUGGUGAGCCGGAUGUAGAUGUGAACUUCAGGUGGCAGUACCCAGGGCAAGAGUCUGAGAGGCCUGUGAUUAUCCAAAACUUCUGGAGACUGAUAAACAGAGGAAUUGGACAUACCACAAGAAUCUCAAAGAGUAUUCUUCUUGUUGAGGGUUUUGAAGCCAGAGAUGCUGGAAACUACAUUUGUAUAGCUCAGAACCUACAAGGAGAAACAACAGUAGCUACUAAAGUUGAACUAAAUUGAUCGGAGAGGCUUCUGGAUGUGGAACGAACUGUACGUUAUUUGAUACUAUAGCCAUUUAUUUUCUUUAGUAACAUUUAAGUGACAUUUUUCUCUAUCGCUGUCUUUUUUCAUGCGCUAUCAAUGCAUUCCAUAUUCAGUAGCCUGACUGGCCAAAAGAGAGUUCCCUACACCCAGCAGUAGUGAGUUAAUAAUACUACUGUGAAGCAUUAAGGUUUAAGCCUGAACAUGCAUAGGGUUUACUUUAUUUAGGAAUAGGUGCUCUUGGGCUUUCCUUUGCAUAUGAUCUUUUUCUUCAAACUCUUUUCUAAGGUUAACCUGCUGAAUGGUUUGUGCCUUUGUGUAUGUGAGAACUGAGAGGGUAUGAAAUAUCCUCAGAAAUUCACCAAGCAGGUCUAGCUCUCCUGGUGCAGUGCAAUUUUAGAGUUGAGAGUACUGUACAUGUUUGAAACAGUAUCAAAACCAAACAAAAACCACCUCUUUUUAUGGAAUUAGCCAAUAGCAAAUGUUUAUUUUGCAAGAGUAAUUAAAUUUCUGAAUAUUAUGAAAAUGUAAA